AGCUACGGCACCACUAACUGGGCUUGAGCAGCUCUAACCCCUCCCCCAGGAGACCGCCGCAGUCGGCCUGUGUGUGCUCCCUGGGAACCAUGUGUGACGGAAAGGCCGUGAUCAAAAAUGCUGACAUGUCUGAGGAGAUGCAACAGGACUCAGUGGAGUGCGCUACGCAGGCGUUGGAGAAAUACAACAUCGAGAAGGACAUCGCGGCCCACAUCAAGAAGGAGUUUGACAAGACGUACAACCCCACCUGGCACUGCAUCAUGGGGAGAAACUUCGGUAGUUAUGUGACACAUGAAACUAAGCACUUCAUCUACUUCUACCUGGGCCAAGUGGCCAUUCUUCUGUUCAAAUCUGAUUAAAACAUGGACUGUGCCCACACACCCAGCGAUCCAUCCAAAACCAAGGACUGCAGCCUCAAUUCCAAAUACCAGAGACUGAAAUCUUCAGCCUUGCUAAAGGAACACCUCCAUCUUUGACCCUUCAUUGUGCUUUUUUGUACAGGGCCUUCUCUGUACUAGUUAGUUGUGGUUAUAAAACAAUUAGCAAAAUGGC